AGUUAUUCCGAGCCUAGACACCGAGAGGAGUAGACGUGUACACUAGUGCUCCGAGAAUUUGUCAUCUUCGCACUAUGAUGCAUACCCUGAUGUACUCUGAGAUGAACCAAGCAGUGCCAGGCGGAGGGGUGUCGCUGAGCCCUGGUCACGAGGGCGGUUAUGGAGAGUGCCAGGUGCCAUCUCCGUCCCAGUGGUCUGACCCUUGCUACUCUCCUCCCUCCUUCCACUCCCCUCAGCACCUACCAGGGGAGCUGGAGAAGGUGAAGGAUGAGCCCUUCUCUCCCUCACCGUCAUCCAACUCCCUGUCGCCUUCCUCCCCGGGUCAACAACGAGCUUCUCCCUAUGCCCGUCCUCACAAUUUGAAGAAGGAAGGGUUCGAGGCCUCGCUGAGCCUGUCGGAGCUGCUGGCGGAGAACCAGAUGCUGACGAGCGUGCACCAGCAGGUGCCCCUCUACUCCCCCUACCCCGACCACCCGCUUCUGCGGGGCCGCCUUGAGGACAACACUUUCCAGAAGAAGAUGGUGGUGCCUGGCUACAAGACGCCAUCACCCAGCACCAUGAGCGAGGGGCUGGGCUUCCUUGACAUGCUGGUGGACGUGAAACAGGAGGCAGAGGAGGACGUGAAUUCUGGAUCCUCCUGCGGGUCGCCUGCUGCACCUGCCCCGCCGCAGCCCAACACCAACUCUGCAGCCGCCGCCGCCGCCGCCGCCGCCGCUGCAGCAGCUUGCCAGAGGGACAUUCUAGAGACUGUAGAGCAGCUGGCGCUGGAGCAUGCCAGGAGGGAUGUACAGCGGGUGUCAGACUCUCUUAACAUCCCUAGAGACCCCGCCUUGUGGAGCGUGGCUGACGUGCGCGCAUGGUUGAACCUGCAAGCUGCGCAACUCCACCUUCCUCCUCUCAUGCUCAACUUCUGGAACUUGGGCGGUCCUGCGCUUCUGAAGCUGACUGAGGCGCAGUUCCGCCAGCUGGCUCCCGUUGGGGGAGAGUUGCUCUAUGCCCAGCUGGAGAUUUGGAGGGGGGCAUUACGCGCGGCUCCCAGACUGCCUCAGUACCAGUACAGGUAUCGUUUGCACCCUGACCCAAGCCAGAUGCAAGGACCCCAAGGUCAGCAGCACCUUCAGCAGCAACAACAGCCCUGUCAGCAGCAACAGCAAGUGCCACAAGCAAACCAGCUGGAAAAUUCUGGCCAGAUUAGUUCCCCUCAGAUGGGGUCACCAAGUCAACUGGGCUCCCCUAACCAGAUGGGGUCCACGAAUCAACAGGGAUCUAACCAACUGGGGACCACUAACCAGCUGGGAUCUAAUCAACUGGGAUCCCCUAACCAUCUGGGGUCCCCUAACCAUCUGGGGUCCCCUAACCAUCUGGGAUCCCCUAACCAUCUGGGAUCCCCUAACCAUCUAGGAUCUAACCCUCUGGGAUCCCCUAACCAUUUGGGGUCCCCUAACCAUUUGGGGUCCCCUAACCAUCUGGGGUCUCCUAACCAUCUGGGAACUCCUAACCAGCUGAGUUCCCCCAGUCAUUUGGGGUCUCCCAAUCAUCUGGGUUCUCCAUCGACUCCUCCUAUCCCUAUAACAAGUAACCUGGGCCAGGUGCCCACAUCAGUAGUGCAGGUGACGCAGCAGCAGCAAAAACAGCAGCAACAUCUGCAGGGUGGUAAUGGUGGUGCAGGAGCCUGCCAACCCCAGCCGGGCACCCCAGCUCCACAGCCUCCUCCUCCUCCACCGCAGCAGCAGGCCAAUGGAGGCGUCUACCUGGAAGAACAGUGUCUCGAGAUGACGGCUCUUCUCCAGCAGCAAGCCAGCAGCCCCAAGGCCGCCCACACCACCCGCGUCCCCGCCCACUCUCCCCAGGACGACGCCUAUGAUUCUGAUGAAGAGGCGGAGGACGAGGUCUGUGGCGGUGGCGGCGGCGGUAGUGGCAGCGGUGGGCGCGGUGGCACCCACAUCCACCUGUGGCAGUUCCUGAAGGAGCUGCUGCAGCAGCCGCAACUCUAUGGCUCUUGCAUCCGCUGGCUGGACCGGCAGAAGGGCGUUUUCAAGAUUGAAGACAGCGUACGGGUAGCUCGCUUGUGGGGCAAACGCAAGAACCGCCCAGCCAUGAACUACGACAAGCUUUCCCGCUCCAUCCGUCAGUACUACAAGAAAGGUAUCAUGAAGAAGACUGAACGGUCCCAGCGGCUCGUCUACCAGUUCUGCCAUCCCUACUGCCUGUAGGGCUCGGCCAGACCUUCCCAUAGUAUGCUUGUGUGUGUCUGUGUGAGUGACAAACCUAGUGUUAAGGGGGGGAAGGUAAUUUCCCCUAAUUCCGCACAAGGUCAGUGGAUGACUCGGCCUAACUCAGGCCUGAGCUCUGCAGUAAGGCCCUGUGCGUUAUUUUUACACCAUAUAUCUAUGAUAUAUUCCCAUGUGUAAGUUCUAUGAACUUCGUGUUAUUUACGUUCGUGGCGGCAUCAGUUAGUGUCGCCUGAGCGGUCCGUAGGCCUAUGUUAUUACUUAGCUCUAUGGUAGACUUAAGGUAGUGUGUUAAGAUUUGUUGUGAUGUGGGUAGGGUGAUGUAGGGGGCCGCCCUUAUCUUGCGGACCCCUCCAUCACAACCCACAACAACUUUAGUUAAUAAAGAGGUAUAGGGUUAAGGUUGUGGUGUGCGAGGCUACACCAGUAAUUAAGUGUAGGUUAAGGUGGUGGUGUUUGACAGCCGUGAGGGCGGGUUGAGGAACCGGCCAACCCCUCCCCCCUCCUCAUGGCCUAGCGGCGCCCCCACCACCCCCUCCUUCAGGUCGCUGAAGGGGGCGUCAUAGGCGUAGUUGAGUUGUCAUAUGCAUGGUUGGGUUGCCAUGGACUUUGUUGAGUUGUUGGCAUGUCUCACCACUCAACCAAGCCCAGCAGUGAUGUGUGUUUUGCCAGUGUGAAAGUUUGCACGCCUAAUGUGCGUGGGACGGGCGUGUGGGCGUGGAUGAGGUGUAUACACGCCAUUUCCACGUCCACCUCUCGCCUAGGUCGAUACCACCAGUAUCUUACUACAAUGUAUAGUUUAAGAAUAGAUAUAUAUUAUUUAUUUAUGCUAUGAAGUACUUAUAUGUAGUUAUAAAAACCUAAAAAAAAUAUAUAUAUAUAUAU